AUGAAUUAUUUAUAUCCCUUUUUUUCCUUUCAACAACCGAACACAUUACUUUUUUUCUCACUUUCACUCCCGAAAAAAGCUCAAAAAAAGGAUGUAAACGAUGGGAAAAUUGAUAGAAAAACCAAUCAACGUCCUCCAAUUAUUCCCCGACAUCAAGCCGACCUCCGGAAACGGGAAUGCAUCGUUUUUGGAAGUGCUGGUUGCGAGGCGCUCAUUCACACGAAAGAUGAUCAAGAAUUCGAGACCAUUUCGAGCUAUUCGAGGAAUUCGGGGCGAUGCUAUGAGCACAUUUGGACUCAUUACCUCAUGAGGCACUGCGAUGUGCUCGAGGAAUUUCUGAAAGAGGAAAAGAAACGUUUGCAACAAGGAACACCGCCAACGGAGAUCCCGCAACGGAUUCAACCAAUCGAGGAAAGGGAUCAGCUAUUUCUGGCCAAUCACCAGUCAUCUUCCUUGCAAAUGGACAAUUUCGCAUCUCCGAUCAAUCCAGCUCCAAUUUCUCCAAUCGCUUUUACUAAUUAUCAUCAUAGUUCAAAAAUCAACGUCUUUGAGGAUGCUCCGGAUCAGGAUCAGGAAAACGAUGAACCCAGCUCGAGCUCGCUCUCACACUCGCCACUGAACGCGCUGCUCAUGCAAACGAGUUCGCUGACGAAUCGGAUGGUUCAAUCUCCUCAACCAGGCACUGAAUAUGAAAGUUUCGAGGAGAAAAUCCCUUCCUACUACAUGGAUUUAGCGAGAGGUGUCUCAGUGAAGCAAGCUUUGUCAACUCAUCGAAAAGUGCCGGAGACUGGUCAACUCUUCACUGGCGCUCAGAAACUCGUUCUUGACGGAAUCGUGAAAACGCAAGCUUUGUCAACUCAUCGAAAAGUGCCGGAGACUGGUCAACUCUUCACUGGCGCUCAGAAACUCGUUCUUGACGGAAUCGUGAAAACGGAUGAACCCAGCUCGAGCUCGCUCUCACACUCGCCACUGAACGCGCUGCUCAUGCAAACGAGUUCGCUGACGAAUCGGAUGGUUCAAUCUCCUCAACCAGGCACUGAAUAUGAAAGUUUCGAGGAGAAAAUCCCUUCCUACUACAUGGAUUUAGCGAGAGGUGUCUCAGUGAAGCAAGCUUUGUCAACUCAUCGAAAAGUGCCGGAGACUGGUCAACUCUUCACUGGCGCUCAGAAACUCGUUCUUGACGGAAUCGUGAAAACGCAAGCUUUGUCAACUCAUCGAAAAGUGCCGGAGACUGGUCAACUCUUCACUGGCGCUCAGAAACUCGUUCUUGACGGAAUCGUGAAAACGCAAGCUUUGUCAACUCAUCGAAAAGUGCCGGAGACUGGUCAACUCUUCACUGGCGCUCAGAAACUCGUUCUUGACGGAAUCGUGAAAACGCAAGCUUUGUCAACUCAUCGAAAAGUGCCGGAGACUGGUCAACUCUUCACUGGCGCUCAGAAACUCGUUCUUGACGGAAUCGUGAAAACGCAAGCUUUGUCAACUCAUCGAAAAGUGCCGGAGACUGGUCAACUCUUCACUGGCGCUCAGAAACUCGUUCUUGACGGAAUCGUGAAAACGCAAGCUUUGUCAACUCAUCGAAAAGUGCCGGAGACUGGUCAACUCUUCACUGGCGCUCAGAAACUCGUUCUUGACGGAAUCGUGAAAACGCAAGCUUUGUCAACUCAUCGAAAAGUGCCGGAGACUGGUCAACUCUUCACUGGCGCUCAGAAACUCGUUCUUGACGGAAUCGUGAAAACGCAAGCUUUGUCAACUCAUCGAAAAGUGCCGGAGACUGGUCAACUCUUCACUGGCGCUCAGAAACUCGUUCUUGACGGAAUCGUGAAAACGCAAGCUUUGUCAACUCAUCGAAAAGUGCCGGAGACUGGUCAACUCUUCACUGGCGCUCAGAAACUCGUUCUUGACGGAAUCGUGAAAACGCAAGCUUUGUCAACUCAUCGAAAAGUGCCGGAGACUGGUCAACUCUUCACUGGCGCUCAGAAACUCGUUCUUGACGGAAUCGUGAAAACGCAAGCUUUGUCAACUCAUCGAAAAGUGCCGGAGACUGGUCAACUCUUCACUGGCGCUCAGAAACUCGUUCUUGACGGAAUCGUGAAAACGCAAGCUUUGUCAACUCAUCGAAAAGUGCCGGAGACUGGUCAACUCUUCACUGGCGCUCAGAAACUCGUUCUUGACGGAAUCGUGAAAACGCAAGCUUUGUCAACUCAUCGAAAAGUGCCGGAGACUGGUCAACUCUUCACUGGCGCUCAGAAACUCGUUCUUGACGGAAUCGUGAAAACGGUUGGUGUUGGAGAAGUUGUC